UGACAUACGUGAUUGGCCAAUUGCUGUUUUAAUGUGGUCCCACGUGAUCGUUGGAUGAGAGUAUGGCUGCCUGCAGCGAUGGGAAGGCAAUGAGGGAAGGGCAGGAUUGCAUCCUGGAGCCCUUGUCCUUCCCGGAGGGCCCCGGCAGCGGCGCCCCCAUCGCGGGUGUCACUGCUGCCACCAUCCCCUGCGCCUUGUGCCCCGACCCGCCUCCGCUCUGGGAGAAGGAGCAGCUCCUGAAGCACAUGCUGCUAGAACACAAGUUGGUCAUCGCCGACGUCAGACUGGUGGCUGAUUUUCCGAGGUAUAUCUUGUACUGGAGGAGAAGAUUCAGCGAGCUGCCCAUCACUGACUUCUGCAGCGUCAUCCAGACCAACUCCCAUGGGCCUGCCGAGAAGCAAGAGAGGUACUUCCUGCUGUGUGACGCCCUUCCGGAAGACCGCGUCCUGAGGGAGCAGCUUCAGCAGGAGCGACUGGAGCAGAUUCUGGAACAGCAGCAGAGGGAGAGAGACGACCACACCUUCCAGCGCACGUGCAUGUUCUGUCCCGAGCAGUUCACGGGAAACAGGGCUUUGCUUCUGAACCAUAUGGCGAAAGAGCAUGGCUUCAACGUUGGCCUGCCGGACAACGUCGUGCACUGCGACGAGUUCCUGGACACGCUGCAGGCGAAGCUCGAUAGGGCUAGGAUGGAAGAGGCCUUGAAGAACACCACCCUCGUGUUUCCCUUACGACCUGUCGGAGGACUGUCACCAAUCCAAAUCCCUUCCCCGGUUCCCUGCAGCAUUCUCGCUCCUGUACUCCAGGGCUCCCCCUACUGCUUGCGGUGCCUGUACUGCGAGAGAACCUUCCGGGACAAGAACACACUGAAGGACCAUAUGCGCAAGAAGUUGCACCGUAAGAUCAACUCCAACAACAAGGAAUAUGACCGCUUCUACGUCAUCAACUACUUGGAACUGGGAAAGACGUGGGAAGAGGUUCAGUCAGAGGACGAUCGUGAGAUGAUGGAGGACAGGGAUGAUGAUUGGUCAGACUGGCAGGCCCGCCCCCUGUAUGCCGUUUGUCUGUUCUGUGAGCACCAAUCAGAAACCAUGGACCAGAUCUACACCCACAUGCAGGACAGUCACGGAUUUGAUCUUCAUAAAUUAAAAGCAGAAUUCAACCUGAAAUUUUACCAGCAAGUGAAACUGGUGAACUUCAUAAGGCGGGAGGUUCACCAGUGCCGUUGCUAUGGCUGCCAGAAGAAGUUCGACAGCAGGGAGGCAGUUGUGCAACACAUGCGGGACGCAGCCCAUGCGAUGACGUUGCCUCCGCAGUCCACCUGGGACCAGCCACAGUACUACUUUCCCACUUACGAAAACGACGGACUGCUGUGCGCCCUGUCCGACAGCGACGGCGAGUCGGACCCUGCCAGCUGGAGCGCGGAUGUUCCCGUGAUCUCAGAGGACGUGCCCACCCUGGAGGCACUCGGGCAGAACAGCGUGCUCGGUCACCUGCUGGAGGACAGGGACAGCCCCCCAAUGGGCCCCGGGGCCGUGUGAUCUAGGGCCACUGGGCUGUAACUUCUCCUUUGAAAGCUGACGGGGCAGGACUCUUUGGGACAGUCAUAGCUGGAAAGCAGAAGCAUCCAAAAUUGGCUCCAUCUAAAAUGUCUCAUUGAACUUAAUAUCGUCCGGACUUUGUUCAGGAAGUGAUGUAGAUAAAUAAAACCGAGUUGAAACGGUUCAGGCAGAAAUCUGUCACUGUGGUCUGAGGAUGACAGAAAUAUUUGGUUUGUGUGCUGUGAUUUGAGGAGGAGCAUGUAUGUGAUGAACGGCACUAAAUGGUGGACAACACAGACCACUGCAAGGCAAAGCACCGAUGUGCAAUUUGGGACACGAAAGCAUCAUCUCAUGUCUGCCCUGCUUUUCACACUCGCCGCAUACAAUGAGUAAAGAAGCCUCAAUUUGUGCUCCUCCGCUGUUGUGGCCAGGGAGGUGGGCGCCUAUUUUAUAACCGGCCUCAACAGUAAUGGGGGAAUGACAUUAAUGGGGGCAAAUCAGCCCAUCGGCUGGGCUCAACCGAUCUGGACCAGGGCUUAGGGAGCAAGCUGGAAAGCCAAGUUCCGUGUUAAUUAAAGACUCCUGUCAGACACGUCUAACAGCAUGGGGGGGGGAGGGGGAGGGUGGUAGGCCUAAUGAGUGAGACUUCACAGAGGAUGUAUGCAGCUUAAAUUGGUCCCAACAUGGCCCCUCUUGUAAACAGUAUCUAGUCAUUGUUUGCGAGAUAAUAUGUAAAAAUGCUCCAUUGCAAUUCUCAGGGUACCUUUUUUUUUAUGUCCAGGCACUGUGCUGUCCGCCCGUUGUCCCUGGCGAAUCUGAGAGUCAGAUGAUGCUUCUAAAGGAUCUGUUUUUAGCAGUCUUUCCUAUAAGGUAUCUUCCUCUGGCAAAGGCUCCUGCCUUUAAUGCCCAUAAAUCUGUGGAUGUAUAUAAUAUCAUACCCUGUAGUGCAUUGGCAUUCCAUCUUCGUGCUCCUAUGUUCUUUGGUUAAGCUCCCCCCUCUCUGUGACUCCAUACUGAAUAAACAGCGAUAUUCAUUAGCUAUACAAGGUGGGCUAGUGGUCAAGUCAAAAAAUACAUUUGUAUUUGGAUGCUUGCUGCAAAUGCUGACGUUAGGAGACUUUAUUAGAGGUGUUAGAAUGGCUACGCUAACACAUUUCCUAGUUAUAGUUUAAUGCCAACAUAAAGAUCAUUGUUUUCCAUUGACUGCUGAAGACUUUUGCGCAGUGCUGUAUAAUGUCCCACUCAAUAAACAGUUUACCAGCAAUA